AUGAGCUCGACACCGUCUAACCUGGGCAAGUCCCUUUCAGCAUCGACUUCCCAUUCGCCUUCGGUUCAACCCGGCCCCGUAACCACGAGCUUCGAAUCCAACCGCCGACCUUCCCAAGCCAGUCCUUCACUUCCUCACGCCACACCACGAAAGGGCCAGGGCUCUCGGAAACAACACAAGAUGCAGCGGCGACCGGGAUUGGGUGAUGUUAGACAACACUCAAACCCUGACGACGACGACGCCAUGGCUGAGGCAAGAGCCCUGCGGAAUGCCUCCAGUCGACGAGGCCAGACCUCCAUCACACACCUGCUCAACUACAGCUUGCCACCGCGAGCCUACGCCGACCAUAACUCGUAUGCUAGAAACUACAGGCGGAACCCGACCUGGGGACCCGGCUCGGGCCACCAUGCUGUGGACAAGGCGAGAUACGUCCAUGCGAACUACAGAUUCGUCGUGUCGCCGGAAGGCAACUAUGCCAGCCAGGCGGCCGAUGCCGACGUGCACAUCGACUGGAACAACGUUUUGCAGAUCCUGGCCUCUUCGGAGUCUCAGGGGGCCAGUUGCCCGAUCUGCCUGUCGGAGCCGGUAGCGCCGAGGAUGGCAAAGUGCGGACACAUCUUCUGCCUGCCCUGUCUGAUUCGGUUCAUGAACUCUGCAGACGAGGAAUUGAAGCCUGGCAAGGGUGCGAGAUGGAAGAGAUGCCCUCUCUGCGAGGACAGCGUUUACCUACACGAGACACGGCCCGUGCGGUUCUAUGCGGGACAGGAGAGCCCCCUACCUCGCGUCGGGGACGACGUGGUGCUCCGGCUGAUGGCCCGGACAGCCAAGUCGACUCUCGCGUUGCCGUGGGAGAAUGGCUCGGAUGCGCUCAAUGUAGCGGAUGAUGUGCCUUGGCACUUUGCGGCUAAUGUAUUGGACUAUGCCAGGAUUAUGAAGGGAACCGGAGACUACAUGGCGGAGCAAUACAAUGAGGAAAUUGAGGCGCUACAGAAGCAGGGAACAGAGGACCAGCUUUUGUACCACGAGGACGACGAAUGGACACAAAAGGCUAUACGGGCUAUCAAUGCAGCCAAGGAGAAGGUCCAAGACCUGGGCAAGAACGACUCGAUGCUGCCGAACAAGAAGCCGGGCCAGAGCAAAACUGUCCAGCCCGACUUCUACUUCUACUCAUCACAACCGCAUCUCUACCUCUCGGCUCUCGAUAUCAGGAUCCUCAAGACCAAGUACGGCGACUUUUCGGCAUUCCCGACGACGUUGUUGCCCCGGGUUGAGCACAUCUCGACCGGGCAUGUGUUGGAUGAAGUGCAACGGAAGCGAGCCAAGUACUUGGGGCAUCUCCCCUACGGAUGUCGUAUCAGUUUUCUCGAAUGCGAUUGGACGGACAUCGUGCCGGCAGAGGUCCUCGAAAAGUUUGCCGACGAAAUCGGCCGGCGGAGGAAGCGGAAUCGCGACAAGGCCGUACAGGAGGAACGCGAGAGGCUUCAGUCCGAAAGGAUUGAAGCUGCCCAAUUCAAGAGCACCGCGGCCAUGAGGCGCGAGUAUGGCCCCAUCGAGGAAGAGCACGUCCCCGCUUUGAACCUGGAAGAAUUCCAGCCCCUCACCAGCCAUGCCGGCGCCACGCCGCCGGAUCCUCGUCCGGGUUUCGAGCACCUGGCAUCCAUCUCGACAAGCCCUUCCACACAAAAGACCGUGUGGGGCACGCAUGUUGUGCAUGGGUCGCCGGAUCUUGCCCCGGCUUCCCUUCGCCAAGUUGACGAUGGGUGGUUGAAGGAGGAAGACUUUCUUGACGCCGCCGAGCUGUCUUUCCAGAUGGAGGCACUCGGUGUGGCCGAGCCGGGACCUUCGAGCAGCAGUACCCCCGUAGGGAUAGGUGCUGGUGGCGGUAGGGGUAGUGGUAGUGGUGCUGGCGGUGGCAAGGGAAAGAAGAAGAAGCAGAAGAUCACACUGAUGAGCACCGGUGGACGUAGACAGGGAUAG